AUGGAAUAUUUACCUGAGAAGAUCAACCUUCAUGUAGUGAAGAAGGAGAAAGAGAAGAAAUUGACAGGUUUUAGGGAGUAUAUAGCAGAUAAUGAUGUGGUAAUGGCUUUUGUCAAGUUUUUACUGCAUGUGAGGAAGCAAAGUCCUUGGGUGGAGGAUCCUCUGGUGGAGUUACAUGAGUAUUUUGAGAAUUAUAGAGAUCCUUCAUGGGACGAUUUUGAGCAAAUGCAGAAGGAUAAUGAGCAAAUGGAGAAGGAAGCUAUUCCGGAGCUGGAAGCGAAGAUUGAACAACUACAGAAAGAUAUUAAGAGUGCGAAGAAACAUACAAGAACUAAUAAGGUGUAUAGAGCCUUAGAUCCAGAAAAUACAGAUCAGGUCGGUACUAAAGCUAUGAUUGCGAAAUUGAGUGGUAAUGCCAAGUUUGAUACAGAUACAAAAAUGACACUAGAUCAAUUCUACUUCUUAAUAAUCCACAUUUGUGAAAACAAUGAGGAUGACGAUGAAUCCUUUGACAAGUUUAUGACCUAUUUCGAGAAUGCAACUGCUGAAGAAGCUACACCACCAUUUGCUGGUGAUUUAGACAAUGAAGAUCUCAUUAAGAUCCAAGAAAAGUUUAGAAGCUUCGAGCCCCCAGAGAUUACGAAGGAAGAGGAUGAAGGAGAGAAGCCUGAAUAA